GUUCUUAACUAGGAGGAUUUCUCAAGACAAAGAUCCAUGGUCACCACUCACAAGAAGUUCUCUGUGACCCACACCCUUUGUCCCCACUCAUCCUAUGGACAAGUGAUUUCCAUGUUCUUUCUCCAUCUGCUAACUCUCUCAUCCAGCUCUAAGCUCUCAGGACAUCCACAGAACAGCUGGAAACACUCUAUUCUAUCUCACAUUGACUAUGGAGCCUUCCUGAGCCAUGGGAGGAGUGUAAACUUCUGUCUUUUAAGGACCAUCAUCACACAGAGAGGAAAAUCUGGAGAUCUGAGUUUUUGGAAUCUCACAAAAGUAACUCAGGUAAAAAUUUUAAAGAACAAAGAAGAAUCCAGAUGCAGACAGUAAAACACUCUGGCAGGUUUCCAAGCAUACCAAGAGCUCGAAGAAGGUACAAUUAGUCAUGAAACUAAGGGCCAAACAAAACCCAGAGACACCUACAACAGAAAAUUAAGCUCCAGGAGACAGCACUGAGGAAGAAAAACAAGGAAGGCAGGCGUGCUUCUGUGUUGUGGGGAUGCCUGGGUCCAGGUAUAAAGGCUGCCCAGGGAGGCCAUCCCCAGACAUCACUGUCUUCUGCCUCGACCUUAUCCAGCCACACACCACCAUGUGCCAUACCAGCUGCUCCUCAGGCUGCCAGCCAACCUGCUGCGUGUCCAGCCCCUGCCAGGCAUCCUGCUGCGUGCCUGUGGGCUGCCAGUCCUCCGUGUGUGUGCCCGUGAGCUUCAAGCCAGCUGUGUGCGUGCCUGUGAGCUGCCAGUCUUCCGUGUGUGUGCCUGUGAGCUGCAGGCCCAUCGUGUGUGUGGCCCCCUCCUGCCAGUCCUCCCUGUGCGUGCCUGUGAGCUGCAGGCCCGUUGUUUAUGCGGCUCUCUCCUGUCAGUCCUCCGGGUGCUGCCAGCCCUCCUGCGCCAGCGUCCUCUGCAGACCCAUCUCCUGCGGCAUCCCUUCCUGCUGCUGACCAUGAAUCUCCAGACCCGCUGCUCCCAGUGCAGAUGAGGCCACACCUGCAC